GUUCAAACCAUGAAAUUCUUCGUCUCSAAAGUGUUGACGCUGUUUAUCUUACUCCCCYUGCUUUSCAAUACAUUGGCGAAGAAAGGAAYACGACGCUCUCAUAAUGAGAGGAAGGAUAGCAGUAACGAGUUGUCGACCGAAGAGAAGAACAGAAUCAUUCAACUCAUGAAGAAUCAAGGGAAACCUAAUUGGGGCAAGGAGGCAGAAAAGUUGGGAAAAGAAAGGGCAGAAAAAAUGAAAGCCUCUGGCCUAUUGCAACUUCCAACGCCACCAGGCAAAGAUGCUUCCAACUCCACAGCUCUUCACACUGAAUCUGGGGCGUCAACAGCGCUUCCAACAGAAAAUAUAMAGAAACUCACGGAUAGGCUAUCAAGAUUUGUKGGCCCAUUGGCAAAUCGAGUUAAAAAUUCAGUCUCAGGUCUCAGCAGUAAGUGGAGCARCCUCGAAGACGAUGACCGUGUAGGCAUUGCAGGAACACUUGGGGUUAUAACAGGCAGUAUUGACGCAUUUGGCAGUGCUGGAUCAAAUCCCGUAGGAGCGUUCAAGGCAACAAUCGACAUCAUUGGAUCAAUAUCCAGUAAUUUCGGACCAAAAGGUCAGCUCCUCAGCAUGGGUCUUGGUUUCGUCUCAUCUCUGUUGGGAUUAUUUGGUAAAAAGGGUCCAAAACCGAAACCCAUGUCUGAAGUUGUCAGAGAGCAGAUAGACGAAGCUCUAGAUAAAUAUCGUAAUGAGGAGCUCACUUCUGAAGCAAAUGGGAUGGUAAGAGCAUUUAGAACCCAAAAAGCUUACUUAGACGGAGCAGCAGAGUCGGGUAAUCCACUCAAUUUGGACGAGCUGCAGUUUGCAACGUCUACUGUUAUCGUCACUGAUGGAUUACCCUUCAUGGGAAAACUCUACACUAUCAUAGAAAAGAUGUUUAAAGAGAAUUCAGAUCAAAAGUCAGCUCCACAAAAAUGCAUCCAAUAUUGUGAGCUUUACGCUAAAAUGCAAACCCUCAAAGACUUGAUCUUAACACAGUUCAUCUCCAUGGCAUCGAACGUCCCAAAUAUCGAAAACCAUGUCAAUGGACUAAUAGGUAUGCGAGAGGACUUGAGACUUGGGACAAAGUUUCUUUUCGAAAAACUCUACACCAUUGAUUACUUCAGCAAAAUAAUGCCGUACUUUGACCCUGACACUAGCAAGGUAACAGACGCAUAUUCAACGGUUUUGCUUGAUCUAGGUAAAUACGAUCGUUCCAUGUCUGGCCUGUAUUGCAUUCACUACGCUCCCAAGAAYAAAGAUCUUACUUGGGAAUAUAGUGAUAGCAAGUUUAGGGUCGGAGGCAAUCCAUACACCCUCGCAGAAAAGAGCCCAAGCAAUGACAACUGCUAUUGGAAGCUUGUGCCACACGGAAACUCCAUAUUCAGCAUUAGGAACAAAUUCAAAUGUAAUAAGGACAACAAGAAGAAAUGUGAAGGUGCAAUGUUGUCUUAUGACGGUGGAAAUGUUAUCUAUGUGAACAUCGACGUUGUAGACCCCGGUUUAUGGGAAAUUGUGGGCAAUAACUGGAGAGGAAUCCGAAACAAAUGGCACUGUCCGUCUGACGCCAAUUGCGGAAAAGAUCUGAGAAUAGUAGGCAGAACGGAGAAAAAAUGGGUUCAUUAUGGAAACGUGAUUAGUAGAGAAGAACCUUAUACGAAAAGAGUGGGCGUACUACUUUCWCGCGAUGGCAAAUUAUAUUGGAAGCUCAGAAAGCGAACUUGAAACACAGCAUAGUUCUUGCUGCACGGUCAGUAUAUACAAGAAUGAGUAGAUGAGCUGUACUUUAUCUGGAAAUGGAAAAUGUAAUCUGGAAUUGGAAUUUUCGCAUGCAUCGAAGAAGAAGAAGAAGUUCCUUUAGCGAACUUGAAACACAGCACAGCUCUUGCUACACGGUCAGUACAUACCAGAAUGAGUAGAUGAGCUGUACUUUAUCUGGAAAUGGAAAACGUAAUCUGGAAUUGGAAUUUCCGCAUGCAUCGAAGAAGAAGAAGAAGUUUUUAAACUUUUAAAAAAGUGUAAUAAAUUCACCUGGAUCUAAAUAAAGGAAAACAAAUAAAUCAUUUAUAAUA